AUGUCGCAAAGCUUAGCUCAAUUAAGAGCUAUUUACAUUAAAAGUUAUCAUGAAAAACAAAAACCUAAAAAAAGUAAGCAUGUUAAAAGUUUAUCCCAAGUCCCAAAAGAGUAUUUAGAAAAAUUAAAUAAAGUAAAACAAGAAAUCCACAAUUCAACAAACUUUAAACCCGCCAGAAACUUGCCACAAAAGCUCUCAAUUAAAUACGAUGAUGGCUUCUUAAAACUUGAAAAUUUAGGAGCUAAAAGCACAUUAGCCCGCAAUGGACUUUUAGCUUUACAACAAAGAAUUAUUGAAUUAGAAUCAGCAGAUAUAAUAAGAACUCUAACACUCCUCCGUGAGUGAACAAAACCAUUAGAAAAAUCCCUAUUUUUUGCCCAAAAACCCACCCUCUGUGAGUUGAAUUUCGAAAAAAAAAUUUAUUAAAAAUUUAUAUAUACAUUUUAAAAAAAAAAAAUUAACCCCCCUCCAUGAGUGAACAAAGUUUUUUUUGUUCACUUACGGAGGGGGAGUAAGAAAUAUAGAAAUUGAUGACAAAAAUUGAAGAGUUGGAGAAGAAGGAAGAAUAGAUAAAUUGUAUAAGAAUUAUGAUUUAUCGCCAGUUAUUGCGAGACAAGCUAAAAAUGUAUUUUUAUAA